AUGUCUGGUCAUGAUGUCGAGAAAAUUCAAGAGCUUCAGUUAUUCACAACACCGCAAUUGCAAACCCAAACACAAAAUAUUAAUACCACCAUAGACAACAACAACCCUGAAUCACCUUCCACUGUUGUCCGCCGCCCCCGAGGUCGUCCAGUUGGCUCUAAGAAUAAGCCCAAGACGCCUAUCAUAGUUACAUGUGAAAACCCGAAUGCCCUAUGUCCUCAUGUGCUUGAGAUCACUGAUGGAGCUGACGUGUUAAAAAGUCUCUUUGAUUACGCUCGUCGUCAACUAAGGGGGGUCUCCAUCCUCAAUGGAAAUGGAGUGGUGACGCAUGCUAGGCUUCGUCAACCCACGGGAAGAGUCAUAACCCUUCAAGGAAAUUUUGAGAUUCUUUCCAUAUUUGGGACAAUUUUUCCGCCACCAACACCUGAGAUGGUUGGAGGAUUAAGAGUUCACUUAUCAGGAACAAAAGGACACAUGAUUGAGGGUAGUGUGAUUCCCCCAUUGAUGGCUUCAGGUCCAGUGACUUUGACGGCUGUUUCCUUUGCAAACAUUGUUCCUGAAAAGAUUUCUUCGAUGGGGAAUGAUUAGAAA